CAUUCCCGCCAUCAUCGCGCAGUGUUGCGAGGCGUCGUGUGCGGGUCCACUGUCAACAACAUACGUAUCAGAGAGCAGUUGAAUGCCGGCAAAACAAACUUUCUGCCCUCGGAGGACCUACGGACACGAUACCGUAAUUUAAAAGUUUCAAGACGGCCACAUAAAAUCGUCAGGAUUUGUUGACCACAAGUCCCAGCCUCCAAAGUGCACCAACUGGAUAGUAAGCCAUGUCAACCAUAGUGCCCAAACUCUCCAGCGGUGGCGCUGUGAAGAUCCGCUUUACCAGCCUGGACAUGGGCACCACCAGAUGGAGAGAAGGAACCUUUGAGAUUUUGGAAAAGGACAACAAAGUCAACCUCUGUCUAAGAUUUAACUGUGGCGGAGCAUCCAAAACUUUCCAGCUGAACCAGAACGUGAAGAACAUCAACCAGAGUUUGAACCGAAUCAUUCUGUAUUUGAAGGACAGCAGUGUCAUCACCUUGGACAAGGUGCCCACGUCUGUGGCUCAGAAGACUAAAGAAUACCUGGAAAAGCUGAAGUUGGGAAAACCAGUUUUAAAAUCCCACGGAAGUGCAAACCUCAGUGUGCUCGGGAACCGCUCUGUGAAAAAUGAGACCAAUCCGUCAGGAGAGAGACAAACAACACCGAGGCGGCAGAGUGCAGAAGGCAGAGAGGACACAACACCCCGAAAGCCUCUGGGCAGCCCGAGCAGAGCAGCCUCCACUCCAACUCGCACUGGACUCUCUGAAAAUAGCGUCACACCUGCUGAGGAUACAACCGUGGUCAUCGGUAGCUCUGAGGUGAAGUUAGUGACGCCAGUGGCCGUAGUCAAAUGCAUCCCUGCUGCUCUCCUCUCUAGGAAUCUGGCCAAGUUUAUUAGAAGCCCAAAGCCAUAUGACAUCCCAGAGCUGGGACCAGGGUGCAAAGUCACAGUCUUACAUGCUUCUCUGAGCUUCCUCUAG